GACCCACCCCGCAUAUCAUAUCUGUCGACUGCUUAUAAUUACUAACAAUAUCGCAGGUUCUCUAAACAGGUUCUUCGGUUCUCCCGACGUAAACGCAUCCCCUAAGCCCCACUAGGUUACCUCGGAUCCCGGUCUGUACUUCGAUUACCCUUGCCAGUAUUCGUACGGGCUAGUACCAGCUGGACAUUAAUUCUGCUAUCUGGAACGGACGACUGCCUGCGGCACUACUAGCUGCCUCUUACAGCUCAUAUGGAAAGCAGCAAGAUUUUUUGAUCAUUGGGGCUGUGCCUGAUGCCGUAGACAGCACAUACAGUGUUCGAAAACUUCUGCGCACAGUCACAUUUUUGGACUCAUGAGUCGCCAAAUACAUCCGGGGAGGAUUUUCUAGCAAGAUAAGAUAGUAGUUUACCGCGGGGGGAGCCGGAGGGAACCCUUUCCUACAUCCACCACAUUAUACGCAGAGCUAUGGACCAUAUCCCACUCGAAGCUUUCCAAGAGAGAUUCAAAUUCAAUAUUGAGCUCUCCAGUGUCGCACUGGGAGGACAAGUCGUAAAGGUCUCAGACGAGUUUUUUGCUGAGGCAUUUCACCUGCUAGAAGUCGAGCCAGCUCCCAGUCUUAAAGGGCAGUUUGGUCCUAACGGCGCGCUGUACAACGGCUGGGAGACACGGAGACAUAACCCUUCCUACGACUGGUGUAUCAUUAAACUCGGUACGGUGGGCACGAUCGUGGGGUUCGACAUCGACACAACCCACUUCAACGGUAAUGAAGCUCCUGAAGCGUCCGUACAUGCUAUCAUUGACUCAUCAUCGGAUGAACAUGACGUGGACAAUGCAAAGUGGACGGAAAUCUUACCUCGUGUCCCCCUCGGACCGUCUCAACGGCAUCUUUUCAAGAUACCAGAGACUGAACGAGUGAAGUUUGUAAAAUUAAACAUGUAUCCGGACGGUGGUAUCGCGCGUUUCCGAGUCUACGGAAACGUAGCACCUGUGCAACCUGAAAGCCCUGAAGAAAUAUUCGACCUCGCCCAUGUGUUCGCUGGAGGUCGCGUGACAUUUAUGUCUGAUCAGCAUUUUGGUGUUGGCGCGAAUCUGAUUCUCCCAGGACGAGGUAAGGAUAUGGGUGAUGGUUGGGAGACUAAGCGGAGCCGGCAAAAAGGCCACAAGGACUGGGUGAUCAUUAAAUUGGGCGCGCCAGGUCAUCUAGGAACAGUCGAAAUCGACACGGCACAUUUCAAGGGUAACUUUCCAGAGACAUGCGAACUCCACGCUCUGUACAGCGAAGACGAGGUACCAGAUAGCGAUGCUGCUGAUUGGACGCGGAUUUUGUCCCCGGUCAAGCUCGGACCGCAUCGAAGGCACUUCUUUGCACUGGAAGCAGAUGCUUCUAUUUCCUACACACACGUAAAGCUUACCAUAUAUCCCGAUGGUGGCAUCAAGCGAGUUCGAGUCUACGGCACGAAGGGACCUUGUUCCACUACCGCAGACCUUGGGGUCAAACUCAGUGACGCAGCAGAAAAUGAUGCUGUUACACCACUUGAGUCGGCGCCUACAGCAAAGAAACCGGGCAAAACCAUACCUGUGCUCCCUCUUACAUCAGAAGCUUUCUCACCCUUUGGACAAGUCAUUCAGGCAUACGGCGACCAUGCCGCAGCUCCUCCAGGAACUAAGAUCACGCCAGCGAACCAGGGAUCUGCAAGCAAAUUCCAUAAGCUUUCACUGUUAGAAUCGUCGUAUCCUGCUGGCUCGGGGGAGAGCACUGGGUUGUCUGUUUAUCGUUGCAGUCCGACAAAAGUCAUUAACGGCACUGUGGAGCUCCAGGUCGUCGAGCGCCAUCCGUAUACAAACCAGGCCUUCAUUCCUAUGGGCGGGGGAGGCAUACAGGGUGACGAGGCGUUGAAGGAGCCAGGCAGUGCAUACCUCGUGGUAGUCGCCCACAAUGGAGCAGACGACAAACCCGACUUCAGUACUCUUCGUGCAUUCUUAGCGAGUGCGGGACAAGGAAUCAUGUACAACACCGCAAUUUGGCAUCAACCGAUGACGGUUUUGUACAAGCCAAUGGACUUCACUUGCGUGGAGACGCAGAUUGGGAACGGCGAUAAGGCAGAUUGCGAAAUCUUGGAGUUGGAAGCCAGCGAAGUGAUGACGUUGGCGCUCCCGCGUGACUAGGUCACAUAUCUCUUCGAACGCACGCAAUGCGCUUCAAAUAGAUGAUCGAAAGAGCAUGAUAUCAGAUUGGAGUGAUGUGUAUUAUUAGGGCUCUAGCUGUUGUUCGGCAUCGACAAGCCACGAUGUAGGCUUGUACUAGCUCUA